AUGGCAGAUAAAGAAUUAACCGUGUUUGUGGUUGACUUGCACCCCGCAGCGGCAUCUUCUCAUGAUUACUUGUACGAAGUUUUAUCAGGGAAGCUUUUGAAGGGUCUCAAGACGGACUAUGUAUCGGUGGUAGGCUACCAUUCCCCACUUACGAAACAUGAGCUUGCAGAGAAGAAGGUAUUUCCUGGGGUUAACGUGUUACUGAAUUUCGAGACGCCGAGCUACGAGCAGCUUGUUAGGAUCAGGAAAGAAUUGCGGGUCAAUGACAGCUGGGAGUCUUCACAAAGCGAUAGCUUUCAAUCUUUUAUAUUUUCCCUCAGCUUGCUCGAAGACACGAAAACAAAAGCCUUCACUCGUAACAUUGUGGUGCUUACGUCACAUGAGUCUCCAUUGAGUUCACUCACAGAGCAAAAAGCAGAUGGUAUUCCCAACAUUCUAAAGAACCUACGUGUGAACAUGAUCGUGGUGGUAGACGGUCUCGAGGAAUCUUCUGAGACAUACUCGCAAUGGGCGCUUUUGAAACCAAGUUUUGCAGAGUUCAUUAUUAUGUCAUCAAAGCAGGCCCGCUACACCGCUCAAAAUGUACCUCCAGCCAAAAAAGUAAGACCUUUGCCAAUAUACAGAGGAGAGCUACGAUUUGGAUCUGACUUCUUUGCUGUAAUCGAGGACAGUUCAUACGCUUGUGAGGCCGACGACUUGGCAUUAUCAUGGCCCGUAGAGGUAUAUCCUGCUGCCAAGAAAGAUGUGUCAUCUAUCUCAUUUCAUGACUACAUUCUUGAGGAUGGCAGACCCAUACGUUUGGAGAGGAAAUCGUCACAUUACGUCUGGUCGAAAAAUGAGGAGUAUCAACGACCAGAGUACCCUGAUGAGGAAGAUGUGGACACAAAAAAGUUUCACAAAGUUGAGGUUGAAUCUAAGGAUUUUACUCCUGGGUUCAAGUUCUCAAAUUUUGAUCUCAUUGCUCUUGAUGAUGACUUAACUGAAUCAGCCAGACUUAAAAUCUUUAGUGCCUUUGACAUUUUGGGAUUCAUCAAAUCCGAAAGUAUACCUCCGGCCUACCUUACUAGUGAAACCUUCUUCGUUGUCCCAGAGAAGGCUGCCACACUAAGAGCGAACCUCAGUCAUACCAUUUUGGCUAAGGCUCUCUUGGAGACGGAAUCGGCUGCAUUAGCACGUUUUGUCAGAAAACAAGCGAAGGAAGUCGAAUUAGGUGUUUUAAUUCCAAUCAAGAUUAAGGAUGGUACAAAGAACUCCUUUAAUUAUCUUCUUGUGAGGUUACCGUUUAGAGAAGAUGAGAAUAUAGGCAACUUCCCAAGUUUAAAAGAACAUAAACUGGAUAAAAUUGUGCCAAAGUUGAUGGAGCAGUUCAUCGAAAGCAAAACUUUCACUGAACAAGAAACGAAGGAUUCACAAUCUCUCCAUAAUCAUCGAGUCACCAUGAGGACUUCUCAGUCGUCCAAGUUACCAUUGCCGAACACAUCAAAAGAAAUUUUUUCUACAUCAUCCACGAGUCAAGUCCGCCUUUUGAACUAUGUGAGAAAAAUCAUAAUCAGGUCAUUGGAUGAGGAUGACCUAGAUAAAUUCCUACAACAGAAGAGCCUAAUUUCAAACGUUCUCAAGAGUGAUCUGUUUGCUUCAAAUUUCUUCAAUUUGCGGAACUGCUUAAGCUAUAGUGCCAGUUCGGCCUCAUUUGUGGAUUUGUCUCGCCGUGCUAAGGACACAUCAAGAGGUCUAGUUGACGAGCUCGAUAUAAAGUAUGUAAGGAAGGAGGAUCUCAAGAAGAAGAAGCCAAGAAAAGGAGGUGAUACAUUUGAUACAAAAGGUUAUUAUGGAGCUGAUGAGGGAGAAUACGAUGCUGUUCCUGACUUCGGGUUUUAA